GCAUGGGGGGUAUGCCUAGUCUUUUUGGUGUCGCUGUUUACGUAAAUUGUUAAGAUUUUGGAACGAAAACAUAAACAAAUGUGGUAGGAUGUACAUUGGUGAAGGUCAUUUUAAUCUACCCCCAUGCUUUAAUGUUCAGCGCAUGAUAUGGAGAAAGUGGUUGGAGAAAGUGCCCAAAUUUUGACUACGUCACUUUGCUUCGGAAGAGGGCUUUGGUUACCUCCAUGCUUGAACAGAGACUAAGCUAAAACAAACUAGCUUGCUGGUGGUGAGAGGAGAACGGAACGCGCGGUUUUGUUCAUGUCAUCUGGUGAAAUUUCAGUUUCAGCAGAGGUCUUUCAUGAUCCACUCAUUGUUUUGCUGAGAAGACUCAUUCCGUCACAAUGAACGCACUAAGAACACUCAGGAGACGUCAAUUUAAGCAAGAGAACAUGUUCAUCUUCACAUGGAGUAUCCUGAGACAUUCAUUCCUGAGUUGUCGUCUCAACAAGCCUCGAGUGUCAUGUCAAAAUGUCCAUCGCGCAUCAUCGUUCACAUCCACGAAUGUCAGCGAAGAAAAUGUUGAAACAGUCUCCGUUUGCGAUCUGACGCUCCCCAGGGAUAACAUGACAACAGUCACGCCAAAGAUUCUUUCCCGCGUGGGUUGCCAGCUUCACAACCAAAAACACCAUCCUCUGUGCCUCAUCAAAGAACGCAUACGAGAUUAUUUCUACACAGCCGUAUUGAAUCGACGCGGUAACCCGCUCUUCUCGAUCUAUGACAGCAUCAGUCCUGUGGUUACUAUGCAACAGAACUUUGACAGUCUUCUCGUUCCCCAGGAUCACGUCAGCAGACUCAGGGGAGACAAUUACUAUAUAAAUAGUGAGUUUAUGCUUCGAGCCCAUACCUCCGCCCACCAGCAUGAGUUGAUAAACUCGGGCCUGGAUGCUUUCCUAGUAGCCGGUGAUGUGUAUCGGCGUGAUGAGAUUGAUUCCAGUCACUAUCCCGUAUUCCAUCAGAUGGAGGGAGUACGGCUAUUCACUCCACAUGAGCUCUUUGAGAAGUACAAUGAUAAAGAGUUAAGCCUGUUUGAGAGCCCCGGAAUGGAUAAGUGUCGUACGAUUGAGAAACAGCGUCACCACACCAUGGAAGCUGUUAAGCUGGUGGAGUAUGAACUUAAGACUACGCUGGUCAACUGCAUGAGGAAUCUCUUUAGACAGGAUCUUGAAAGUCGUUGGGUCGAGACAGAGUUUCCAUUUACUCAUCCCUCCUGGGAACUAGAGAUUAAAUUUCAAGGGGAGUGGUUGGAGGUUCUCGGUAGUGGCAUUAUGGAGCACCAAAUCCUUAACUCAGCUGGAGCUGGUGAUAAAAUCGGCUAUGCCUUUGGUCUAGGUCUGGAACGUCUUGCGAUGAUCUUAUUCGAUAUUCCAGAUAUAAGACUCUUCUGGAGUGAAGAUGAACGAUUCCUCUCACAGUUUCAAGUUGCGGAUCCAAGCAACGUCAAAUUCAAGCCCUUCAGCAAGUACCCACCCUUAAUACAGGAUCUCUCCUUCUGGUGUCCCGAGAGUUAUAGUCCCAAUGACUUCUUCGAUCUUGUGAGGAACGUUGCCGGUGACCUCGUCGAGAGAGUCAGCAUCAUCGAUGAGUACAAGAAUCCCAAGACAGAGCGGACAAGCAGAUGCUACCGCAUCGUCUACCGCAGCAUGGAGAAGACGUUGACCAAGGAGGAAGUCGGAGGAGUGCAUGGCAACAUCCGGACCUUGGCGGAAGAGAAAUUGGGCGUGGAGAUGCGGAUUAAGUGAGAGUACCCCAUAACAGGGAUCUGACAUGGUGCUUGAAUGUCUCAGGCCUGGAACUACACGCAGGCACUGACCUCAGUUGCCCCUGGUCUUGGCCUUGGUGCCCCUUUAAAAGUUUCCCAUCGACUUUAAGAAUUUCCAAUGGAAGUGCCCCUUUGCAAAAAGAAAAUGGCCUUGCCCUCUCAAAGAUGAAAUUCCAGGCCUGUGUCUACCGAGCUAUGAAUGUUGAGACGUUUACCAAGAAGGUCAGACUUAAGGGGAGUCCACAGGGAGGGAGUACGAUUGACUGAUCAAGUGAUCAAAUUGAAUCAAAGUCCCUAAAGGCAAACUUUAGCAAACUGCUGAAGGAGGACUUUAAAUAAUUUGCGUAGGAUGGGGUGUAUACACACAACAGGCUUCUGAUGGACGUACCAGGAAAAUACCAGGAAUGACCUCAGAGCAUUCAAUUUUCGGAUGGUCAGUUGACUGACUGAUGGGUGUAUUCACUAAUUAGUUAUUCCAUUGUGUAGUGUGCACAGGAGUUCACCUACCGUGCUACGCUUUGUUUCCCCUGUACAAAAGAGGAACUGAUGAAACUGGAGUUGAUGCUUGAAAUUUCCCUUUUUUCUGGGGGUUAUUUUGUAAUCACCUAUCGCUGAUUUCACUUAUCUGAGCAUGUAUGUUUGGGAGUAACAUCGAUUAUAUUAAUUUUGUUCAAUAUUUGAAUGAGCAUCCAUCUUGUCUGUCUGAAAACGUAGUUGAGAAAGCAUCAUUUACCAAGGGGAGUGUGAAGCUAAUAAGAUAGUGGGAAGAUAUACUGGAUGGUGAAUCGGGACGGUUUGUUUUGUUUUGUGAUUGAGGAUCCUUUAAUUUUGAUUUAAAUUUACAAGCUGAGAUUUAUAUUGAGUAAGAACUUUUUUUAAUUGGCUUGGAAUCUUAUACUUCCAAAUUAAAUGAAAAUGCAUGCCAGGUGAAGUUUAUGUCCAGACAAGAUGGUGCAUAACUAAUCAGUUUAUUUGUCUAAAGGGUCUGGGUAAUGUUGGUAUGUCACAAAACACAAUGCCACAGAUUUACAUUAAACUUAAAGGGUCUAAAGUAAAUGAUGGUAGAAAGCUUCCCUUAAA